AUAGCACAGAUUAGAGAGCCUAUUACUAUCAAACACAAAUUACUAUUCAUCAUAACAAACCCUGCAGAUUAUAUAUAAGUAUUUGGCUAAAGUCGUCAGUUUUUAUUUCUCAUUCGGAUCAAGUCAAUAAGUUUUUAUUGCCAAAUGACUGAACGUAUAUCCAAGGAAAACUCGAAACCACAAGCCCCAAAGACUAACCUGCCCACCAGAUAUGUGGUCGCCGUUCUUUCAGCUUGGAUAGCUGAAGGAGUUACUUACCCAUGCGACCUGACGAAAACUAGACUUCAAAUACAAUCGGAGGUAGCAACUACAAAGUCGGGUUAUAAGCUAGAAAAUUAUGGCAUGGUAAUCACAGCGAAGAAUAUAGCUAAAAACGAAGGAAUCAUCAAACUAUGGUCGGGUUUUGCUCCAAUGCUCCAGCGCCAUGCCAUUUAUUCUGGUUGCAGGCUAUUGUUGUAUGAGCAAUAUCGAAAACAAAUGGGAAACGACAAUGGGAAAAUGUCCCUUGCUACAACAUGUUUUGGUGGCAUGUUUGCUGGGGGCUUGGCGCAAUUUAUUGCCUCGCCUACCGACUUAGUAAAAGUGCAAAUGCAGGCUGAAGGUCGAAGGUUACUUCAAGGAAGACCACCGAGAUUCAAAAACUGCAGAGAUGCUUACCUUAAACUUUACGCAGAAGGUGGAAUUCUAGGAUUUUGGAGAGGUGCUGUACCAAACGUCUGUCGCGCCGCAUUAGUGAACGUUGGUGACCUAGCCGCAUACGACUACACAAAACGCUUUCUAAUAGAGAAACAGGGAUUCAAGGAUAAUAUUCCACUUCAUUUUAUUUCUGCGUUUACUGCUGGUUUGGUGGCAGCAGUUGUUGGAAAUCCCGCUGAUGUUAUGAAGACUCGUCUCAUGAAUCAACCAUUAGGUCCAGAUGGCAAGGGGCUAUUAUACAAGGGCAUGUUUGACUGUUUCCGCCAGUCAGUGGUAAAUGAAGGCCCUUUGGCCCUGUACAAGGGUUUCUUUCCACUGUGGUUGAGAAUGGGUCCAUGGGCUCUCGUGAAUUGGCUAGCAUUCGAAAACAUAAUGAUAUUUAUUGGUGGCAAAACUUUCUAGGUAGGAAGCAGUAUUCCAAAAUACACAUGAAGUAAUCACUUCUAGUCCACCUAAUUUAUAAGUGAAAUGAAAUGACAAACCGACUUCAUUCAUACUAAAAACUUACACAGUAAGAAUGUAAGCCUAAAUAUCGUAGUAUUAUUUUAAUCUUGUUUAAUCGAUGCCUGUAUUUAUAUUUUUGUACCUUCAUGUAUUUAUUACAGUGGCUACCAUUACGCUACAUUUAAAAUAUACUUACUUUUAGUUCGGAA